AUGGCGGCAACAGUUACAGGAUGCCAAGUUCUGUGGCUAAGGAGCUUAGUCAGUGAGGUGACCUGCAGUGAGCCCAAGCCGGUUACUCUCUUCGUUGAUAACAAGUCCGCGAUUGCUUUGAUGAAGAAUCCAAUUAAAAUGGAGUUCGUGAGCACGAGCGAGCAGCUCACGGACAUUCUCACGAAGGCACUAGCAAGGGUGAAGUUCAUCGAAAUGCGGGAGCUGCUAGGAAAAGCCAACCGGUAUGAUCUCCGUUGCAAGCCUAGUUGUCACCAGAGCUACCGCAUUGCUCUCUCCGAUGACCAAGUGGCGAGAGGCUACACAUCCUCCAGUACUUUGAAAGGGGCAGCUGAUGUGUGUGGGAUUCGUGCACAAGAAUGA